AUGACCACCGACGUGGAAAACGAUACCAGGCGUUUGGGCCGCGACGUGCUUGGUCCUCAUGCUUUUGAAAAGCAGAUGCCGCACUGGCAGAAGAGGCUCAUCGUCGACCAGCGGGGGUUUCUAAAUACCAUUCAGUACGGAUCCGAGCCAAAGAUGUCUAUUCUCAUGAUGAAGAACGAGUCAUACAAUACGAUUCCUGUCCUACAAGCCCUAUCAAGCGUUGAUCCAAAUGUCACAAGUUUCGGCUACUGUCACCCUGCCACCAAUCACUUCCAUAAGCGAGCGUCGCUCUCAGGCUUCUGCGGCUAUCACAGCAUCAGCUCAUUACUGUCUUACCUGCGUGGUUGCUCUACGGCACCGAAACAUCAUCGCUACGCCACGCAUCUCCCGAACAUUCUGGAAAUUCAGGACAUCAUCGAAGAAGGCUGGAGAGCUGGCAUCAACAGCAAAGCCCUCCUGCAGACGGGGGGUAUUCGAGGCACACGCAAAUACAUUGGUACCUCCGAGGCCGAGACCUGCUUGAAGACGCUCAAUGUACACUGCUAUGUCAUGUGCAUUCAGUCGAACAAGGAGAAGAUGGCAUGCGAUCAAGUGAUGGAGCGGUUGGAGCGAUACUUCAUGCGUGAACCGGCAAUCGGGGAAAAUAUGCUGGGCAAGCCGCCCGUCUACUUCCAGUAUAGUGGGCAUAGCACCGUGGUGGUGGGCUUCGAGACGUGGAAAGAGCGCAAGCUCGUCGUGCCUGGGGUGGUGCAGAUGGCAUCGGAGCACCUCACCGAAUUGGUCGUCUUCGACUCGGCUCGGCCAGCGACGGAAGAGGUGAGGAAGGUGAGGGAUGAGGCGAUGCCGUUUGAGAAGUUGAAGGCGUUUCUACCAGUCAUGGCUGGAUACCGCGUGAGCCGGUACGAGCUACAGAAGUACGACCGCUUCGAGCUUGUCUUUUUGGAAGACCCGAAGCUAUUCUAG